UCGAGCGCUGCUGCCCGGAGCCGCGGAGGUCGUGGGUUUUGUUGCGGCGACUGCUGUGGCGGCGGUUGGGCCGGCGGUGGGAGGUAGUCGUGAAAUCCAGACUUGGUUCACUACUUUUUUGCCACCAUGGGGGAGCUUUUCCGGAGUGAGGAGAUGACGCUGGCUCAGUUAUUUCUACAAUCAGAAGCUGCUUAUUGUUGCGUCAGUGAAUUAGGAGAACUCGGAAAGGUUCAGUUUCGAGAUUUAAAUCCAGAUGUGAAUGUUUUCCAGCGGAAAUUUGUGAAUGAAGUUAGAAGAUGUGAAGAAAUGGAUCGAAAGCUUCGAUUUGUUGAGAAAGAGAUAAGAAAAGCUAACAUCCCAAUUAUGGACACUGGUGAAAACCCAGAGGUUCCCUUCCCCCGGGACAUGAUUGACUUAGAGGCCAAUUUUGAGAAGAUUGAAAAUGAACUGAAGGAAAUCAACACAAACCAGGAAGCUCUGAAGAGAAAUUUCCUGGAACUAACUGAAUUAAAAUUUAUACUUCGCAAAACUCAGCAGUUUUUUGAUGAGAUGGCGGAUCCAGACCUGUUGGAAGAGUCCUCAUCCCUCUUGGAGCCAAGUGAAAUGGGAAGAGGCACACCUUUAAGGCUUGGCUUCGUGGCUGGUGUGAUUAACCGGGAGCGCAUUCCUACUUUUGAACGCAUGCUUUGGCGAGUGUGCCGAGGGAAUGUGUUCCUGAGACAGGCUGAAAUCGAGAACCCCCUGGAGGAUCCUGUAACUGGUGACUACGUGCACAAGUCUGUGUUUAUCAUUUUCUUCCAAGGCGAUCAGCUGAAAAACAGAGUGAAGAAAAUCUGUGAAGGGUUCCGAGCUUCACUCUAUCCCUGUCCUGAGACACCACAGGAGAGGAAAGAAAUGGCUUCUGGAGUCAAUACCAGGAUUGAUGAUCUCCAAAUGGUUCUGAAUCAAACGGAGGAUCACCGCCAAAGGGUUCUGCAGGCAGCUGCUAAGAACAUUCGGGUCUGGUUCAUCAAGGUGCGGAAGAUGAAGGCUAUCUACCACACCCUGAACCUGUGCAACAUAGACGUGACCCAGAAAUGCCUGAUUGCAGAGGUUUGGUGCCCAGUCACUGACCUUGACUCCAUCCAGUUUGCGCUCAGAAGGGGCACGGAACACAGUGGUUCCACUGUGCCCUCCAUUCUGAACCGGAUGCAGACAAACCAGACUCCCCCGACCUAUAACAAAACCAACAAGUUCACAUAUGGCUUUCAGAACAUAGUAGAUGCUUAUGGAAUUGGGACUUACCGAGAGAUAAACCCAGCUCCGUACACCAUCAUCACGUUCCCUUUUCUAUUUGCUGUGAUGUUUGGAGACUUUGGCCAUGGCAUUUUGAUGACCCUUUUUGCUGUGUGGAUGGUGUUAAGGGAGAGCCGGAUCCUCUCCCAGAAGAGCGAGAAUGAGAUGUUUAGCACCGUGUUCAGUGGUCGAUACAUUAUCCUGUUGAUGGGUGUGUUCUCCAUCUACACUGGCCUCAUCUACAAUGACUGUUUUUCCAAGUCUCUUAAUAUCUUUGGGUCAUCCUGGAGUGUACGGCCGAUGUUCACUGUAUAUAAUUGGACGGAAGACACGCUUCGGGGGAACCCUAUUCUUCAAUUGAACCCAACUGUUCAAGGAGUUUUUGGUGGACCAUACCCAUUUGGCAUUGAUCCGAUUUGGAACAUUGCAACCAAUAAACUGACCUUUCUCAACUCCUUUAAAAUGAAGAUGUCUGUUAUUCUUGGUAUCAUCCAUAUGAUGUUUGGAGUCAGCCUGAGCCUUUUCAAUCAUAUCUAUUUCAAGAAGCCCCUGAAUAUCUACUUUGGAUUUAUUCCUGAAAUAAUCUUCAUGUCCUCUUUGUUUGGCUACUUGGUUAUCCUUAUUUUUUACAAGUGGACAGCCUAUGAUGCUCACACAUCUGAGAAUGCACCAAGCCUUCUGAUCCAUUUUAUAAACAUGUUCCUGUUUUCCUACCCAGAUUCUGGGUAUCCAAUGCUGUAUUCUGGACAGGAAGGAAUUCAGUGUUUCCUGGUAGUGGUUGCACUACUGUGUGUACCUUGGAUGCUGCUCUGUAAGCCACUGGUCCUUCGCCAUCAAUAUUUGAGGAGGAAGCAUUUGGGAACUCUGAACUUUGGUGGGAUCAGGGUGGGCAACGGACCAACAGAGGAGGAUGCUGAGAUUAUUCAGCAUGACCAGCUCUCCACCCAUUCUGAGGACGCGGAAGAGCCUACCGAGGACGAAGUGUUUGACUUUGGGGACACAAUGGUCCACCAGGCCAUCCACACCAUUGAAUACUGCCUGGGCUGCAUCUCCAACACUGCUUCCUACCUGCGGCUCUGGGCCCUCAGCCUUGCUCAUGCACAGCUGUCUGAGGUGCUUUGGACCAUGGUGAUCCACAUCGGCCUGAGUGUGAAGAGCUUGGCAGGAGGUUUGGCGCUGUUCUUCAUCUUCGCAGCCUUCGCCACCCUGACUGUAGCCAUCCUGCUGAUCAUGGAGGGCCUCUCAGCCUUCCUCCAUGCACUGCGGUUACACUGGGUUGAGUUCCAGAAUAAAUUUUAUAGCGGUACUGGUUUCAAGUUCCUACCCUUCUCCUUUGAGCACAUUCGGGAAGGGAAGCUUGAUGAAUGAGCCCCUGGUAGGGCUGCCCCAGCUGAACUCAUCUCCACUAUCUUCCUCCCACCCUUGUUCCCUAAUGAGUUACUGAGAGCUGCUUGUGCACUCUCCCAGGCUGGGAUGGGCAUGGGCCACUCUGCCCCAGCUUCACUGUGCCCUGGUCCACUGUGACCUAACCCGAACCUUGUGCAGAGACCCCUACCCCAUGGUGCCUGGUUUACAUGUGACCUUUGCUCUGCUUACUAUAGGGUUUGGAGCAGGAGUUCUUGUCAGAGACCCUGCCCAAGGCUCUUCUGUUCAGACAUUCCUGUGCUAAAUAAAGUGUGUUUGACUCUCUUG